AUGGGCGUCAGCACCUCCAUCGUCCCUAAUCGUUUGUGUAGCGAAGUAGAGCGUAGAUCUCUUAGCAGUUUCCGUGAGACGCUUCACAGCUUCAUUACACUACCAACAUCAAUCAAGAGUGCAGAGACAGCCAUGAUUAUUGAGCCCACGAACAUCGUCUUCGCAGUUAUAUCCGCAAAGAACGAUCAUGCCAAGCAGAUUUUACUGAAGCUCGCCCGAACUACCGACAAAACCGGAACUCGAAUGCUUGGUGUGAUCACGAAGCCUGACACUCUGAGUCCAGGAUCUGACAGCGAAGCCAUAUACCUCUCGCUCGCUAGAAAUCUCAAUAUAGAGUUCUGUCUUAGAUGGCACAUUCUCAACAAUAGAGAUUCAGGAACUGGAUCCGGGGCACUUUGA